AUGUUUGGUUUGGAAGACUUGAGUAUAGAUACACUCACCGAAGUGAAUUUAUGGGGAACAUGGGUAUACUGGUUAAUCGGUAUCUAUUUUUGUUUGCCAAUACUUGGAUACGUGGUGUUGCCCUUUUUAACUCAUAGAAAUCAGACUGGUGGUAGACGGUCAAUUGCCAUCUUCGUGUUGGGAGAUUUGGGCCAUUCACCACGUAUGUGCUACCAUGCCCGUUCUUUUGCCGGCCUUGACUACCAGGUCAAUUUAUGUGGAUACUUGGAGUCGGAACUUGCACCAGAUUUGUUAGACCAUCCAGGUAUCGAUAUUCAUUCAAUCCCAAUAAUCAAGAAUUCACGCAACCUCCCAUUUAUUCUUUUUGCAUCACAGAAAAUAGUGCUCCAAAUAUACUAUUUGUUUGACCUCCUCUUCGAAUUCAGAGGCACGAAGUAUAUAAUGAUCCAAAAUCCCCCUUCAAUGCCCCUUUUGUUGGUGGUUAUCGUAUUUAUUAAGUUGUUCAGCAACUCCGAACUCAUUAUUGACUGGCACAACUUGAACUAUUCGAUCCUCAAUUUACGAUACAAUAACCAAAGACAUCCAAUUGUUAGGUUGUUAAAACUUUACGAAAAAUGGCUUGGGAGGUUUGCAGACCUUAACUUGACUGUGACAAAGAGUAUGAAGCAAUUUUUAGUGGAUGAAUUUGGUUUGAACAGCAAAUCCAUUAAAGUGUUGUAUGAUCGUCCAGGUGACCAGUUCAGUCCCUUGGAGCGUCUCGAAUAUAGCAAGGAUGAGAUAAAACUGCAUGAAAUUUUCAAGCAUGUUAAGAAUUUGGAAGAGUAUAAAAUACUUAUCAGCUCUACUUCUUUUACCCCAGAUGAAGACUUCAAUGUUCUUCUAAAUGCCUUGAAGUUAUAUGAUGAUGAUGCUGAGAGUACACAGAAAUUAUUGAUGAUAGUAACCGGAAAGGGUCCUUUGAAAAAUCCUUUUCUUCGUACAGUGGAAGAUCUCAAGUUUCUGUCCAAGGUGGUAGUGCAGUCAGUGUGGCUACUUAUUGAAGACUAUCCCUUGAUCAUUUCGGUUGCUGAUAUUGCUAUUUCUUUGCAUACCUCUUCAAGUGGUCUUGAUUUGCCCAUGAAGAUACUAGAUUUCUUUGGAUGUGGAGUUCCUGUUAUAUCUCUUAAUUUUCCUAGCAUAGGGGAAUUAGUUAAACAUGGGAAGAAUGGGUUGAUCACAAACUCCCAAGACAAACAAGGGGAACCUGAAGAACUUUACAGGCUCUUGAAAUUGAUAUUACUGGACCCUGCCCUCAUGCGAACGAUCGGUGAAGGUGCAAUGGAAGAAAGUGAAUUAAGAUGGAGAGCCAACUGGAACCACACUGUUGGUGAAAUAUUCAGAUAUAAUUAA